CUUUUCCGCCAACCGUACUUGUAGUUUCAGGAACGGUCAGCUAUGAAGAUGACAGAAGAAAACAAUAACAAUAAUCCUACGAUUACCGUGGAGGACGUACAACGUCUGAUUAAAAAGAAAGACGAAAUGGAAGAACAGAUCAAGGCGUACUAUGAUGUGCUGGAAGAUCAAGGUGACGUAGGAAUGGAUGCUCCUCUAGUUGACGUUGAAGGCUAUCCUCGCGCAGAUGUGGAUUUGUUCCAGAUCAGAACGGCAAGACAUAGUAUCUCAUGUUUGCAGAACGACCACAAAGCCAUCAUGGUGGAGAUUGAGGAGGCCCUUCAUAAGCUGCAUGCUAGGGAGAGGGCUAAGCGUGAGCAGGACCAGGCAGAAGCCCAGGUGGAGAGAAUGGAGCAGGAAGCGUCUUUGCCAGCACCAUUUGCUCGGGUGGAUGCUGUAACGCAGGGCUCCCCUGCUUAUCAGGCGGGUUUACACAUUGGCGAUGAGAUCAUUGCAUUUGGUUCUGUCAACACAAGCAACUUCCAGAACCUACAAAACAUUGCUUCUGUGGUCCAGCACAGUGAGGGGAAAUCUGUAAGCAUUGCAUUGGUUCGGAAUGGACAGAAAGUUAAUCUUAGCUUGACUCCACAGCGUUGGUCUGGAAGAGGUCUACUGGGAUGCAACAUAGUGCCUCUUCACAGAUGACCAUGAUCAGGACACUGAAGGAUGAUUCAGACCGGGUUAGCCGUGGGUCAUCAGCAGGCCAACCUCAGCACUUUUUUUUGUCACUGGGUGGCUAAACACAUUCUUCAGUUUUUAACAGAAUGUGUUUAGAUGGGUUUAUAUUCAAAUUCAUAACUACUUAGACCCUACAUUUCUGUAUUUCAGCCCUACAGUCAUUUGUAUUUAGUGUAUUGAAUGGCAUGAAAAUAAAAUCCACAAACUUCUCAAGAGCUUACUUCCACAACACUGGAAUAUUAAUAAACAUUCAACAGAUA